AGUCUCGCCAACCAUCAUGUAUAAAGUUGGACCCAUCAUUGACCCGCGCAUGGCUCCAGAACCCCUUUCAAAGGCACGGCAACACCAGCUAGAACCUCAACAUGGCUACUGCGACCAAGUAUGAAUAUCAAGGGUUACACAGUGUGCUCCCCCAUGCUCGGAGUCUACUCGACCGUGCAGGGUGGCAGGAUCUUGUGGACCAAGCAAGACGUUAGAACUGGGACGGUCCUGACCUCUGUCCCACAAGCGCGAUAUCCUGUCUACACCCCAGCUCAAAACAGCCUAUUCAUACUGCACGAAUGCCACUCCAGAAGGUUCACUGAAGGAGUGUAUGGGAUGCUGGAGGGUUGCAAUACUGUGACGCUACUAUCCACGACCGGUGUUCCGCUGUGCAAUCUUCACCGUAUCAUUGCACUUCGCUGCAAGCCUGCAUUCUGCUGCACUGCACUCUCUGCACUCCUGCACCACUCCUGCACCACACUGCACCACACUGCACUGCACUUUCUGCACAUCUGCACUACGCUGCGUUGCACUGCUGUCUGUGCCGAAGUUGUGCCGUUCUCCGCAAUGUGGUUUAUCUUCCCCGGGCUGAGUUUCACGGGUUUCCAAAUGUCAGAGCAACGCGCAUGGAUAAGUGUCAACAUCAAAGCAUUGGAGCAUCUACUUUACUCGCACUUCAUGAAGCCGACCACACAAAACCAACCGUCCCAGGCUGGGAUCAACCAAUCUACCAGCAGCCCAGGGGCCAGUAGCGGUGCUGGUGCACCAGCUUCAAACGUAGCAUCAAACCCACUGGUGCCCAUUCUCGAUGCCCACAGGAGAGUUUAUGCGUAUACACUGGCAUAUGGGCACCUGGAGCAAUCGUCCUCUACAACACCACCUUCACCAUUUAACGUUCCACCACCUGCACCCUUACCUUAUUCUGUACCGGGUGCAUAUCCAAUGCACCUUUUACAUCCACAUUACCCUCUGCCGCUGCCUCCUGUCCCUUCAGCAUACCAAGGAUUUUCACCGUAUCAGUUCCCCCUUGCAUACCCCACACAUUUGACUACACAGCCUACUUCUAUCCCUUCUAUUUACCCGUUUCCCCCACAGGGCUAUACCACCAACUAUGCACCGACAUUACCUCCUACAUCAACCAAUACCAUACAUCCUCUGUUCAACCCGCUUGUAAAGCAGGUGCCAACCACAAGCCCCUCCGCUCUAAAACCAGAACCAAAGGAAGCUGCCGCCAGCUCAGCUGCAAAGACAAGUGUUGGCCGCGCUGCUUCGGCACCUCCAAGCUCCCAUCAUGGACAUUAUUCUGGUAAACUUUCACUACGUGACACGGCCUGGUCUCGCAAACCAGUAUUGCAAAAAGCCCAGCAGAAUAAAAAUUCAGUGAAAGUAGUCCAGAACAACAGCAAGCCCUCAGAUAUCAAGACUUCCAAGCUUGAACAUCGCACCAAGACUGUCCCAACGCAGCCAGCUCUUUCUAUAACCAAAGCCUAUAGGUUGGCCCACAAAGAUGACUCCGACACAGAUACAUCCAACUCCUCGGAUGGCAUGAACUCCACUGGCUACCAGACUAUAGUUUUCGAGUCUGCUGACGAUUGGGACUACAAACCCAAUGGGGCAUUCGAAGCUGAGGUGUCCAAAAAGUUUCAUAAACAAACUCGAGGGCUUAUGGUUCAUUGGGCUACAUCUACAUACGGUGUACCAUCCGGCCCCCCGCAAGCCAAGAGAUGGGAUAAAGGUCAAUGUAGCAAGCGCUCCUGUCAAGGUAUCAUCACUUGUGAAAAUGACAGCUGCAAUGUUGUAGUCCGACCACAGACACGAAAAUCUGGUAUCAGGGUGCAGAUCAGCAGGCCAUGCCACAGGUGUGGUGCAUCACUUGUCCACGAGCCCUGCGAGAACGUAGCCGAAAUAUGGACGUGGAGUGGGGGAUACCAUUAUCGGAAUGGGAUACAUGGUCACAAUCACUCUUGCCCUCGCCCCUUGCAUGCCUCUGUUAAGGAGGAAGCUCAGUUCAUUGACAUAUGCGAGAAUCAUCCUGCAGCUGGUCCAGCAAAGCUCAUUGCCGGAAUAGCCACCCUCAGUGGCGACAGACGUUCAGUUGCUGAUAUUUCACCUGCUUAUGUCAACAUUGACCGUGUCACUAAAGACCGUCAGAAACUCAAGGCAUCCGUACCCCGUGGAGGUGACACCUUCAUCUUCGACUUUUCCCACUUUGACCGUAGCCACCCAAACUUUGUCACAUCAACUCAAGUUGGCAAUGUAACAGUGUUGACCAUGCAGAGUAAAUUCAUGAAAACUUUACUACUCAAGGACCACAUCACAGAUGAGCCAGUCAAUGGGUUUGUGACCGACGCAACCCACAAAUACUUUGCAGACCACAAUGCCCUGCUCCUCAUCACGGCAACUUAUUCCUUAGAGCUCACCCGCUGGGUGCCAGUCCAGUUUGCAUACCUCAAUGGCGCAACAGCAGCACAUUACCGACAGCACUUCCUGGCUUUGUUCAAAAGCAUAGCACUCCAGGCCAUUGAACGAAAAAUCCCAGUGACUGAUGACCUAUUUGCAGGGGUUGUUGACUUCAGCGAUGCAGAACGGAUUGGCUUUGAAGAAGCCUUCGUUGAUUUUUGGAAUCUGCACCGCCAGAUAGAUGAUUGUACAGAGGACCAGCUGCGUGAUGCUGCAAAAAGGUGCCUAAAAGGUUGCCACCAACACUUCAUUGCUGGAACCACCCGGCUCAAGCGUACUGGCAUCAUCCACUCUGACCGGAAUUCCAAGAGCUAUUUUGAUAUGUGCAUCAGGGAGAUGAUGAACACUCACGAUCAUCACCAGUUUCAGACCAUGGUUUCUCAGCUUCGUGAACGUUUUCCCAAAGCAAAGUCUUGGCUUGACUGGUGGUUACGACCUGAGCAUGCUGCCCUGAUCUUUGAAAGUCAACGCAAGAUGAAGCCCCCCAUCUGGGAGGCAAUACCCUUUAGCACCAAUGCGUCUGAGGCCAUGCACGCACAAAUAUACAGGGCAAUCAGCAACAACUUUGCCUUGAUGGAGGGGCUCAAUGGUCUCUAUGCACUUCAUCAAUACUUCUUUCGUCUCUACGUGGCUGCUCUUGCGGGGACUCCUAUCAAAUAUGAACCCGGCAUACCAUGGAAGCAACGCACAGAAGAAAUUGGUCGGAGCAAAUCCGGGCGUCGACCAACAGUUCAUCUACGCAACAAUGGUCCUCCUUUCAAGAAAUCCGAACUUCUGAAGCAUGAGUCCAAACAAACUGACCGCGAGAAUAUAGGAUGCCCUUGGACAAAAUUGUCUUGCUGGCUUGACACAGCCCUGGAGCUGCUAUUCUGGACAGCUAUGCGUGAUUUUGAUGACUACAGGCAGCACUUUAACCACUGCCUAACAACUGCUGAUUUCUAUAAACUCUUCAGCAUCGUUGAUCUCCGUUACAUGGUCAUCACUGAUGAUCCAUCCGCUCUAGGAGGAGAUACCUCAAAAUUACUAGGAGAGCAACGUGACAUGUUCAGAGCGUUUCUCAAAACAGUUGGUAUCAUUAGCUCGCUGGAUGCCGAAGGCUCUGUCUUUGCAUGGUUAUCAAGACUGGUCACAGACAGCAGAUUUUUCACUGGCGACAGCGAUGAUUUCUUGGCGCACUCAUACUUUCAAACCCUCAAGAUCUGCAUUCGCACGUGCAAUGGCAUACCCUUGAAAAAAACCCAGCACAAGCCCACUCAUCCGCAUAUGCAAAUAUCAUCGCAGCCACAGACUCACUUUGGCCUGUCGCUUUUUAGCCAAGAUCAUACCACCUACGGUGGCAGUGUUCAACGUUGGUUCCAGGCUAUUACACGCACUUACACUCCACAUGAUCAAAUUGGCUCAGGUUGCUGGCGUGAGGCCAGUGGUGCUAAGUACUGCCACGGUCAAGGAGAAGUAACCACUGUUAUUCUAUCUUUGCCUGUCAUGCUCAUUAUAGAUGUAUUUGAUGACCCAACACACAACCGUCCGCUUUCUUGGGAUGUGCCAAAGAAAUUGCAAAUGCCUGUCCCCAAAGGUGAAGACACUUCAACGCAUGGGCUGUUCUAUGAGCUUGUUGGACUAGCCCUCUAUUCUCCUACGGAUCAACACUUCAUAGCACGUUACUCUGCUUCUCCUCUUGGUGGUUUGAAGGAGUCAAUCUAUACCUAUGAUGGUAUGCAUUAUGGUGGUCAGCGGCAACGUGUAGAGCCCGUCAGAGGCCAGUCUAUUCUUGCUGGUGCAAACCCUAUUUUACCUCCUGGAUACUCUCCCAAUGCACUGGUCUAUCGCUUACAUGGUGGCCUAAUGGCCCAACAAGAAUUCUAUGCUCAGCGACUCAAAGAUAUACAGCAAGUCUACAGUAUAGCAGCUUCACCCGACUCCUUUGGUGCACAUCCAUAUCUAGUGGUUUGCAAAGAAGGAUUUAAACAGCUUGACAGUUCUAAGCGUCUUUGGACACAGAAGACAUCACUUGUGGACUAUGAGGAAGAGGCUCAGCAAGACUUGGCGCUGGCACCUGCAUUGCUGGAAUCCGACAACUCUGGGGCACCUCAGACUUUAGCUUCUAAUACUAAUAUUGUUCAGACACAGGUUGUGGCAGAUGCACUGGCACCUCCAGAACCAGACCCAGAGUUCCCUCUCUAUUUAUCCAGCUCUUUCGUCUCAGAUGUCAAUUUGACAAUCCCCAUCUCUGAGUUGCCGGUUGCAACAGGUCAGCCUCAGGCUGUACCAUCCACUUCCGAGUGCCCAACUGCACCAGACUGGGUUGCAGCCAGACCCUCUGACAAUGAACCGGCUGCAGAACACUUAGCUGAGCCCAAGGACUCGGAUACUCAAAUGAACCUGGACCACGACAAGGACAAAGGCUCCACAUCAAGUGCAAUGUCUGACUUUCUCAUCAAGUGUCAAUGCGGUCUUCAAGGGGAUGGAUAUGCAGUCGAUCACGAUGAUGACUUUGUUCAGUGUGAUGAAUGCGGAAACUAUUCACAUGUUGCAUGUCAGCGAGAUGGCCGGGCCUCUGGAGCUUCUUCAUGCAAGAAGUUUGUCUGUGAUGAUUGUGACUUCUGGGUGCUUAAAAAACGGACUGAGAGACCAGCACCGAGCCGAAAGAGCAACCGGCAUCUUAAAAGACGGCCUAAAGAUUUCAAGGAUUUGCCCACAACUCCAUUGGCUAAACGGUUAAAACCUGGGAUUGGUGCCUUGGCCCGUCAUGGAAAAUACUACUACCCCGUGCGUCUUUUAAGACGUGUGUAUUCUGGAGAUGGAACGGUGGCAUGGAAAGUCAAGUGGUGGCGGAGGUGUUUAUUCUCCACGAGAUGCUCACCACCGCAGUAUGAGCUGCCUAUCCCUGAACAGGAUGUUGUAGAUGCACUCUGGCAUGAUUGGAAGACUCGGAGGAUGAUCAGGCUUGGACAAUUUGUUCACGCAGCUGAGGAAGAGGAUUGCAAGAACAUUGUGUCGUCUUUUGAAGACUACCCGUGUCCACCUGAUAUUGCAAGCAUCCUACUACCUCAUGUUGAGAGGCUCUGUCAACUUUGGAUGUCACCAGACUCUGUGAAUCCUGAUGACUUCCCAGUCAUGGAGUACGUUCGCUCAUACAGAAAACCAAAGAACAACUUCGGGCAGUACAAUAUCCCUCACACUGGUGAUCUCACUACCCUUGAGCAGGCACAAAUUGCCAACUGGUUUUACUGUCAUGUUACACAGUCUAGUAAGGAGAGCAUCCAUGUGCUAAGCUGGCUGGAAUGUGCACCGCUUGCUCACGCGUACACUAUUGUUGUUGCACACAAGAAGCGACAGCAGUUUCAUUCCUCACCCAGUUUCAACACCUCGCUGCCAGAAAAGGAACAAGUCCGCUUGAUAUUCCGGAUGGCCUGGACAGACCUCUCAUUGUAUAGCUCACAACUUGACCCAACCGAUGUGGACAGAGAAUGCCUUGGCCAGCUCGAAGACAGGAUGUUUCAAAAGACUUAUGAUGCUGGGCUGGCUGGCAAUGAUCAAUGGGGUCUUGACGCUGGCAGCCAUCAGCAUGGUUGGAAUCCAUAUGCUGGAGUACGGAAUGUGCUGGAGGAUGAAGAUGAAGAGGGUUCAGAAACCGAGUGUCAAGACGCAACCGAGAAAGACUCACAAGAAAGAAAUCUUAGACCCACUGGGUCCAAUCAUCGAAAUGCGGGGGAAGCAACCGAGAAACACUCACACGAAAGAAACCUUGGACCCACUGGGUCCAUUCAUCAGAAUGCGGGGGUAUGGGCUGGUGCACCUAACGUUCUUUCCCAAUACGUCCGGCUCAGCGUCUCCCGAACUUCCGAAGCCAUCAGUCUCAUACGUUGGUGCACCAGAUUUCAUAACACUGGUGCACCGGGCUACCGCCUCAUCUUGGCAAUCUGGGUACCAAACAUGCAGCUGCCUUCCACUGGCGCGCAUAGGAAGGUACUGGUGCACCGAAACCUGUUCCGAGAAAUGUGCGAGUUGCGCAGCACUUUAGAGAAGAUACAUGGACCAGCACUGCCGGUUGAAGGCCAGCGUACGCAGUUCUGCAGAGGCGAAGCUUUUCAUAGGGCUCGAAACAGCUAUCACAUCAGUUCCACACUCGAGUGA